UUGAAAUGUAUUAAUCCUGUAUCGGCACUGUUAGUGUUGAUUGAAUUAAGAGGGUUCAACUUUGUAACAGUUGUUUCACAACAUUAACAUUGGGAGGUGGAGUCGAGUUACAGUAGACUAUGCACCCCAAAUGUACUCUGUCCUAUCAUAUCGAUUUAAAAUCAGUAAUUAUCAACUGGUUUAGGGGUCUGUUGUAUAUCAACCAUUAGGUGAAAAGUGCUUCAAAACGUCAGGAAAGCGGCUGGAUUUGCUUUCGUCAAGGAAGCGUGUGAGGUCACUGGGUGAUUUAUGGAGUAGUCGCAGAAACAGUCAACACUGGACUUCAAUUCGCAAAUGAGAGGAAAAUGAGUGAGAAGAAAGAAACCGACUGCUUGUGUUUCUAUGUCAACGGUAAAAAGGUAAAUCAUUUACUGUCUUAAGUUUUGUGCAUUAGCUGUACGUUGGUUUAAGUUGUAGCACUAUGCACAUUCACUAAUUUUAGCCUACUACAUACGGUUCCUCUACAAAACUGUCUGCAUGGCUGCUAAUGUUGUUGUUGUCCAAUGAUUACUUCCGUCGUCUUUGUUUGUACCAAAGAUACUGGCUGUAGGCUUCAGGCCUGCUCUCCAAGAAUCACCCGAAAAACUCAAGUGAGUAGCGGUGUGCUUUACAAGAUUUCCCUCUUUCUUUCAAACAGGUGACCGAAAACAAUGCAGACCCAGAGACUAUGUUACUGUCUUACCUCAGAGAGAGAUGUAUCCUUUCCUUGCUGAAAAAAUAUAUUUAAAUGAUUAUAUUCUUAUUAAUAUUUAUCUUAAAGAAAAACGGACAGAAGUUGUGUAGCCUAUAGACAACUGAUUGCACAAUGAGUAGCUUAUAUAAAUUCAUACUUUAUGGGUAGCCUAAGGUGAUGCACUGAUUUUAUAAGUGUUUUUUGUUUACCCACCAAGCCAGUCCAGAGUUCAAGGUGUGAAAGUCUUGUUAAGGCCUAUAAGUACAGUAGCUUAUCAGAUAUAGUUCCAUUGCGCGUGUCACUGUGAGUUUUGUUGGUGAACACAUAAUUAGGAGAGGGAGUACAAACCAACGACGCUAGACAGAGAGGAAUUUGCUUAAGCAAAAGGCAGUUUAUUAAACACAGAGAUAUCUUGUACUGUUAGUUAACAUGCAUGGGAUCCUGCUAAUUAACAUGCAUGGACCUAAUCAUAUAGCACUCUAUUAGUGUCAGCUGAGAAGGAUGUUUAAACAGAGUUUACAGCAUUACUUUAUACAAUGUAACAUAAAGGAAGGGGUCCUUCUUCUAGUCCCUUGAUUGGUUCCCGAGGCGUAGGAGGCGGGUCUGCUCUGUCCAGAGUAGAAGCCCCAUUGGUGCACGGCAGAGUCCUCUGCCCUUGGCACCCGACCAGUAGAAGGGGGGGGGGGGGUUUGAGAAUGAGUGUGCGUCCACAGUGAGAUGUCUGUGUGUGUCAAAGGAAACUCGUGAGAAGCAACUGGUGGGGGCCUUGGGCCUGAGGUGUGGGUGUUGUCCAGUUAUCAUACUCCUGUAAGAUUAGGCCAUCUGGUGCUCUGUUCUUUGUUCGCUACUAAAAUGUUAUGCACAGACAACUAACACACUGUUAGUAUCAGACACAUGACACAGAACAUUUUAUUGAAAACAAGCUCCUAACACAAUUUGUCUUGCACAACCUCUUGCACAACAUAUUACUCAGAUCAAUCUAUAACAUUUUAUAUUUACUACGACAGUUUCCACUUUCAUAUGAUUAGGAUUGUCUGUAUACGAUCUCAGUUGAAAUCAUUUAAUGUUAUGGUUUGUGGAAAGAUGGAUACUGAUAGAUCGUCUAGCCCAAACAGUGUCUCCUGUGUGGCUCAGUUGGUAACGUUGUGGGUUGAAUUUCUGCAUUGAUCACAUACACAUACUAAAAAUGUACUUUAAAUCCAUUUGGAUAAUAAAAUGUCUGCUAAGUGGCAUAUACUAUUAUAUUCCUUGACAUGCCUGACUCCAGUGAGGUUGACUGGGACCAAGUAUGGAUGUGGAGGAGGAGGAUGUGGAGCCUGUACUGUCAUGGUGUCUCGCUACCAGCCCAGCACCAAGACCAUCCUGUAUCCUUUCAGCCCUCAACAAACAUCCAGGAUUUUGAUAAAUUAUUGACAGAUUUUAUGAAUGUUAUACUGUUGAUGAAUACUAUAUUGUCAUACUGAGAUAGUAACUUUUAAGUAGGCCUUUCCUGUAGAGAUAGGCAAAAUGUGUUUUUUUGUAUGAAGCGUAUAGUGGGUCUGUAGGUGUGACAGCAGGUGCUCUUUGGACACAAAUUGCAUGAAAAAACUGAUGCAUGGACAAAUCCAACAUUUAUCUUCCAGUGUCUUCAAAGGCUUACUUAUGAUGUUCUCUAUUAUACUUGGAGGAUAUUGUUAUGUUGAUAUUGAAAAGUUAAUGCCACUUAGGCCAGUUUACCUUCACCUACUAGCCAUUACUCUGCCAACGCCUGCCUGCUGCCAGUCUGCCAGCUUCAGGGGGCAGCCGUCACCACUGUGGAGGGCAUUGGCAACACCAAGACCAGGGUGCACCCAGUACAGGUAGGCCCUACGAUGGGUGGAUGGACUGACGGAUUGAUGAACCUCUCCAUUCAGUGUGGCUGACUGGAUUAUAUGCUUGUGUGUGCUUGCAGGAGCGUAUAGCCAAGGCCCAUGGGUCUCAGUGUGGGUUCUGUACUCCAGGCAUGGUGAUGUCCAUGUACACUUUACUGAGGAACAAACCACAGCCCAACAUGGAGGACAUCACAGAGGCACUUGGAGGCAAUUUGUGCCGGUGCACAGGAUAUCGUCCCAUUGUUGAUGGCUGCAAAACUUUUAGUCAGGUAUACAUAAUAUUUAUUGCACAUAACAGACACAUGCAUUGCAUUGUAUUUACUGUCUGUAAAGUGAAUGUAUAAUCCAUCCUUGUAAUCCAUCUUUAGGAAUCAAACUGUUGUCAAGCCACUGGUAAUGGUGCUGGAUGUUGUCUGAAUGGAGAUUCGCCUCCAGAGAGAUCAGAGAAUGUGAGUGACUCUUUCUAUUCAUAAGUCCAUACACAUUUUAUUAAAUGUUUAACAGUUUUCCUUUUUUGAAAAGUGAGGCGACUGAGCGAAUAUUAAAAAAUAAAAAAUGCAUUAAAAAAAAGUAGACCCUCUUGUUAAAAUACUAUAUUAACCUUAGUUCAACACCUAGUGACCUAAUCAAUAGAUUUUUGCCUGACUUGGGAAGGCUAAAAGAGGCAUGGUUAAGCCAUAGCCAGAGAGGAAGUAUUUUAUCUCUUUACUGGAAGCUUGAGGACAUUUAUCUUUGCUCUAAAUCGUGAAAUAUGCAGUUGCUACAUCAAUUUUUGGACUUGUAAAUGAAUGAUAUGUACCCAUUAAUUCUUGAAAAAUAUAACUUAUAAAUGACUCAUGGGUUUAAUUCAACGGUCGUACCACAUCAGAACCCAAAAUAUAAGCUUGUUUUACUCUAACGUUUGUAAACAAAGUAAUGUAAAGAAACACUAUAUUGCCUCAAAACAUGGAUUAAAACUAUAAUUUUCAUAUCAUGGAUGGUCAGUCAUUGCAUGCAUUGCUCUGUCUAUGCAUUUGAGAGUGUUUCUCUAGCCCCAUCCCUUUUUACAGAAACAGGGGAGGCCUCUUUGUUACUCUUUCAACUGCCCCUUUAAACAUGAAAUUAAAUUUGUAUGGCUUAACUGUAUAAUAUAAUUUACAAUCAUGGUAUUGUUUUACCACCUCACUAAUGAUAUUGGAAAGUUCACAAUACCAUGACAUUGCUGCAUUUAUUCCGAUUCAACACACUUGUUUUAUAAAAAGAGAUUGACUGUGUCUUCCAGGAGCUUCCACCACAGCUGUUUGACCAGGAGGACCUCCUCCCUCUGGACCCCACCCAAGAUCUCAUCUUCCCCCCAGAACUCAUAGUAAGACAGCUGGACUAGUGGUCAAAUAGGGAAUUACAGUGUGAUAUGCUCUCAUCACGUACUGUAUGUCCCUGUGUAACAGUCAAAAAGUACCAUUCUUCAGUCUAAAAUCACUGAAAUAACAACCUUUACACAAGACAAAAUUAUUAAUUGACACCAAAUCGGCAAAAUACUGUUAUUUUGCUUUAAACAAGCUUAGGUCUUAUAGUCUGUAAUGUUGUUAAAACGGUCUAUAUCCUCAUUAGUCUAUAACCUAGCGAUAUCUAUAUCCUGACCAUCCUCCACUAUUCUCCACUCAGCUGAUGGCAGAGACAGAGCCCCAGGUUAGUCAGCUGUUCCGUGGAGACAGGAUGGUGUGGGUCUCCCCUGUGUCUCUGGAGGAACUGAUCCAGCUGAAGACCAGCCACCCUCGGGCCCCGCUGGUCAUGGGUAACACCAACAUCGGCCCAGACAUCAAGUUCAAAGGUGCCCAGCAUCCCAUAAUAAUAUCACCCACCAGAGUCCAGGAGCUGUUUGACGUUACCAAGACUCCUCAGGGUUAGUGCUCUCUAUCUCUCUUUCUUAGAACUGUUCAUGUGUGUCUGUUCUGUCUGUUGAUGUUGUCUGGUGUGUGUGUGUGUAGGUGUGUGUAUCGGGGCUGGCUGCAGUCUGUCUGUGGUUAAGGCCCUGUUGGAGGGGCUGGUACAGGAGCUGCCUGAGGAGAAGACGGAGAUAUACAGAUCCCUCUUACAGCAGCUGGGGAACCUGGGAGGACAGCAGAUCCGCAACGUGGCCGUGAGUAUGAAUCAUCUGUUUUCUGUCAUUCCCUAACAACUUUGUAGCCUGGUCCCAGAUCUGUUUGUCCGGUCUUGCCAGCUCCUUUGGUCAUUGUUGGCUAUAUAGCACUAACAGGUCUGGAACCAGGCUAACAGCUGUGCUGCACAUUACUGUCCAAAUCUCUAUGUCUUAACUACCCUGAGGGGAUCACUGGUAAACAUGUGUUUUUGCAUUUGUUUGACUGUUAAACAUAUUUAUGGCGUGUUUCUGUGUGUGUUAGUCCAUAGGAGGCAAUAUUGUCAGCGCAUAUCCAAAUUCAGACCUGAACCCUGUGUUCGCUGCUGGGAACUGCACACUUAAUGUGGUGUCAAAGAGUGAGUUGUCAGUAGUUACCAUUUUCAUUCAUUUAAAUUAUUCUGUGUUAAAUAUAACCAUGUUUGUAUUGAAGUAUUACAAGUCAUUGUGUUAAUUGGUCCUAUACCAGGGGGAAGACAAGAAAUCCAGCUGAAUAAAGAUUUCUUUGUGGGGUUUGGAAAAACAUCUCUAAAACCAGAUGAGAUAGUCCUGUCUGUGUUCAUACCAGUAUCUAGACAGGUACAGUAAGAAGCCACUUGGGAAUGGAGAACCUCUUGAGAAUGCAUUUGACCUCACCAGGAAGAACUCCUGGCCUCGUGGUGAGUUCAAUCCUGUUACUGCGUGAGCAAUCAAGUUUUCCCAAUCUAAUGUGUCUCUGCAGGGAGAGUUUAUGCGAGCUUUCCGCCAGGCCCCUCGUAAGGAGAACGCCCUGGCCACAGUGACCACUGGGAUGAGGGUCAUGUUCACAGAGGGUUCCAGCGUGGUCAAGGAGCUUAGUAUCUACUACGGCGGUGUAGGGCCGUGCACUGUAAGCGCCACCAAAACAUGUGCUGCAGUCAUCGGAAGGUACAGAGGGAAUUUUUCACACAGCUAGGAGGAUUUGGAUAAUAGGCUAUUGUUUUCUUUUGAGGAGAGCUAGCUAAACUUGUUUGUAAUUCAUACGGUUCCUUGUUACCCUCCUCAGUAAUGUUCUCGUUGUGUUACAUUAUCUGUGUGUUACAUCCUUGCCUGUUUUAUACCCCCCACGUCCAAACACACACACACACCCCCCUCCAGGAAGUGGGAUGAGCAGACGCUGAGUGAAGCCUACACCCAGCUCUUAGAUGAGAUAUCCCUGUCUCCCUCCCACCCCGGGGGACAGGUGGAGUUCCGCAGGUCCCUAACUCUCAGCCUCCUCUUCAAGUUCAAUCUGCAGAUGCUGCACAAGCUCUGGGAGAUGGUAUGGACUGGGUCACUCUUUCCCCAAUGAUGAUAAUAAUGAUCUGGAUAAAUUCAGUUUGGUAGCCUACUUGGCAAACUUGAAAUUUGGAACUUGGAUUUGCUAAAUGUUUCUCUAAAUAUAGAUUUAUAAAUAUAGGUAUGUUUUUGUCACUGUAUUGGCAUUGUACAGAAUGUGAUCAAGGAGGACCUAUCAGAAGAGAUCAGAAGUGGAAUACGUCCCCUACCUAAACAGCUAGAGCCCAGCCUACAAGAGUUCCAGGUCUGUUUAUUUUAUUUAAAACAUUUACCAGAGAAGUCGGUUAAAGAAGACUUUUGCGAUUUCACCUACCCCAACCAGUGAUUUUUAUUCCUCAUCCUCAUUGUGCAGUACGUGUGCUCUGACAAAGCAUGUACAAAUGCUCCAAAAACACCCAAGUCGUUCUUUUAGAAACGUAAAAGCGCUCAGUAUAGUGAUGCAGGUCUUUACAUGUUGUACACGUGAAAUUGUGUCAUUCUGAACUUUAUCCGCAAUGUUAUAUUUCAUUUUGUUGUGACUCGAGCAAUACCUCUCCGUCCGUUCUAGCAGCAGGCUACAUGGAGAAUGGAACAGCUGGAUAAGGGAAACGGUUUGAGUUGCACAAAAUGGAAUAUAAAGUUGUGGAUGAAGUUCAGAAUGACACCAUUUCAUGUGUACAACAUCUAAAGACCUGCAUCAUUAUACUGAGACUGUUUCCAUUUCUAAAAGGACGUAUUUGGUUGUUUUUGGAGCAUUUGUUAAUGUUUUUUCAGAGCCCCCAUACUGCACAAUGAGGAUGAGGAAGUGAAUCGCUGGUUGGGGUAAGUAAAAAGUAAAAAUGUCUGGACCCUUCUAUAACAUUCCAUUUAUAUCGACAAUUUUGAUUUGCAAACUUCUCCUUUAAGAGAAAAUUCUUAUUAACAAUCAUGGUUUUAUCAUGUUACCCCUGCCUGAAUCUCACAUAAUUUGGUCAAUUCAUGUAGUCUGUCCAGGAGAGAUUACCCCUGCCUACAAACCAACAUUUCCUCUGGGGUCAAUAAAGUUGGAUUGAUUGGUCUGGAAACAAACAUGGUUACAUUUCAGGCUGUCAUGAAGAUGUGUGUGUGUGUGUGGUGUGUGUGUGUGUUUCAGUCUGUGGUGAAGGACCAGAGUGGUGAGGACCCAGUAGGUCGGCCUAUCAUGCACCGUUCAGCCAUCAGCCAAGCUACUGGAGAGGCUGUUUACUGUGAUGACAUCCCCAAGACGGACGGAGAGCUCCACCUAGUCCUGGUCACCAGCACCAGACCGCACGCUAAGAUCCUGUAAGUCCUGGGGAACAUUGGAAAGGAUUCAUGGAUAUGUAUCCUCACAAACCACUUUUUUAGUUGGUAACAUACUGGGCUCUAUUUUAACAAACCUAAAGCAAUGGUACGUCUGAGCACUGGCGGUAGCGUUAUAGGUCAGGGGGUGUGUCAGAAAUAUUUGUGCUAUUUUCACAGCCAGAAUUAUGAGCACAAUAGUUGGCGGUGGCGCGAUGAAGGUGUAGGUGUGACGAGGACUUGGCAACUCACUGGCCAAUCAAGGCGUUCCAUGGCUUAAUACUGCAUGCGUUUGGCUCAAGUUCUGUAGGUUAUUGCCAGUCUGUGCGUUAUCAUCAAUUCCAAUUCUGCUGGAGGAAUGGAAUAUUCUCGUCCUGGUCCAUUGUGAAUUGAUACUACAGUUUUUUAAAUAGCAUAGGCUACAGUAAUGAGUGAUAGCAACAGUAAAAAAAAACAAAAAAAAAACAUCCAGUGUUUGAUCAAUAUGUUUGGACUGUUGACAGUCAACACUGUGGUAAUUGGCUUCAACGAGUUUAAGCCUUUACACACACACUACUCCUCAAAAAAUACUAGGCUCCCGUAAAUGGUAUUGUAUGUGUGAGGCACGUUCUCAAUAAUGAAGAUAUAGCCUAGGCCUACCAUUGAUAUGGCGUUAUAGGACUGAAUUAUUUUUAUUUGUUUGGAAAAGGUGCUUCUUUGGUAACUGGGCAAGAGGCGCUCUUUGGAAAUGGGGAUGGAUACAAGCCGAUUGGAGUAUGCACUGCAGGGAAGCUAUUUAAAUUGUGAAUAAUGCAAAACCAUAUCAGCAAAAGCCUCAUGAGUAGACCAUUUAGAAAUAUUUUAUGGAUAGGCUACUUGGCUAAUGCAUGGCCAGCAUAGGAAAGACACCAGACGAAUUGCUGUUGAACCAGCUUUCGUUAUAGUAAGGUAAGGGUAGCCUACUAAGGACUUGUUUUUUAAUAAAAUGAAAUGGAAAACAAGCAAUUGUUACAGGAAAAUAACUUAAAUGUUUCUAAAUACGAGUGUCACCAAAGUAUCAAUCAAUCAAAUUAAUUUAUAAAGCAGAUGUCACAAAGUGCUAUACAGAAACCCAGCCUAAAACCCCAAACAGCAAGCAAUGCAGAUGUAGAAGCACGGUGGCUUGGAAAAACUCCCUAGAAAGGCAGAAACCUGGAGAGGAACCAGGCUCUGAGGGGUGGCCAGUCCCCUUCUGGCUGUGCUGGGUGGAGAUUAUAACAGUACAUGGCCAUUAAGGCCAGAUUUUUCUCCAAGAUGUUCAAACGUUCAUAGAUGACAAGCAGGGUCAAAUAAUAAUCACAGUGGUUGUAGAGGUUGCAACAGGUCAGUACAUCAGGAGUAAAUGUCACUUGGCUUUUCAUAGCCGGGCAUUUAGAGGGGGUAGAAGGUGCGGUAGAGAGAGUUGAAAACAGCAGGUCUGGGACAAGGUAGCACGUCCGGUGAACAGGUCAGGGUUCCAUAGCCGCAGGCAGGAGAGAUGAAACAGGAGCAGCAGCACAAACAGGUGGACUGGGGACAGCAAGGAGUCAUCAGGCCAGGUAGUAGCUCAUCUCUCAUUCCACGAUGGGCAUAUAGCCUACAUCAGGGAUGGGCAACUGAGGUCCCCCUUUUGUAGGCCAACAGACCAAUUCCCCCCCUCCCCAAAAUUAACCCCCCCCCCCAAAAUGUUGUGUUUUUUUUUUAGGAACUCAGUCGGGGUCUCCACUUACUGUUGAGAGUAAGAACAAUAGAAUAUACAAGGUGCAUAAAGUUUGUUGUGCAUAAGCAGUCACACAAUUAGGCCAUGUCAGUUAAUUUUUCUUAGCUAGCCUCUAGACUAAUUUACUAAUCUAUCUAAACUUGUAGUAAGCAUGGUUGAAUUACCGACCGGGGUGGGGCUCAUUGAUCAUCAGUUAUCAUAUUAAAAACUUCAAACAUUUGCCUCCGCCCUAUGGAAAAUUAGUAGAAUUGCAUGAAAUUAGUUAUAAAAUGACUAAAUAUUCUCUUUGCCCCAUGGCAAAAUGUGUAGUAUUGUAGCAAACUUGCUUUAAAACAGCAUCAUUGUCUCUAUGCCCCAUGGCAAAAUGUGCAGAAUUGCAGGAAAUUAACUUUAAAACUUAAAAUGUUUCCCUUCGCUGUCACGAGGGGGGCUGCUAAAGAUGUGGGUACGCAGACCCACGAGCCACUGCGGCCCCACAUGAUGAGUUCUGUUUUUUUGUGGCCCCCACCCCAAUCAAAGUUGCCCAUCCAAAAUAAUAAAAGGAGCUGGCUAGAAUAAUGUACAAAGCCUACAUAGAUAAAAAAUUAAUACAAAAAAGGGAUUUCCACUUACUGUUUUGCUGCUCCCAAACUUGAUCUUCUAAUAAAGCUUUAAAAAAAAAAUAUAUAUAUAUAUAAUCCUUAAAACAAUAUUGAUUGUUUUAAGAUGGUCAUACCAUGGAUCAUUUUGAAUUUUAGGACCCCUGUAGGUAUCCCAAAAAAUAUAUAAAAUGAUUUGAUAAAAUAUAUUGAAUUUGGCCUUUACUACUAUAGCCCAUAGAAACACAUUGAAUAACACAUAAAAAAAUGGCAAAACAGACAGUCAAAAAUGUAAUCAUAAGGAAUAAUGUUUUGAAGUGUCUGUCCUAUAUCUAGGAGAUAUAAGAAACUACCUCCAUACUUCCGUAAAUGUUUUAAAGGGUACCAGGUUACCUUCAGACGAGUCCUGUGACACUUGUAACCAUUGUGUUCGUGAGAGAGUCUCAUCUUUCCAUAGCUUAGUUUGUAGGUCAGACGUGUUCGUGAGAAGACCAAUUUUCGGGAUGUCUCAUGGUCUGACAAACACCGCUGUAGCUCGGCCACCUUCCACUGCAGCUGAGGAAGGCCGACGCGGUGGAUUGAGACGCAGCCCAUGGAAAGAAUAUCUGUCGCUUAAACUGAUGGAUUUUGAUGGAGAUUUGUUUUUCUUUUUAUUAUGUCACUUAGAUUUACGCACGGGUCAAUAGCGGUCUUACAAGCCAAACCCUUUCCUAUAGUCUUGACUACUUUGCGAAUGGAUUGGGCAGGACAAAAAAACCCAGCCUUUAUUGAGAGGCUAUACAUGGGGUUUAUUUAUUUGUUUCUAAAUAUGGGGUUUAUGGGCACAAAAUAACACGUCUCUCUUGUUCCAUGUGCAUAUGAGCACUGUGUGUCACGGCUGGAUAGGCUACGCUUCCGUUGUCAAAAUACAUGCCAUAACCAACCGUUACCACUAAGACCAGCUUUUGGUUGGUCUUAAAUAUCCCCACCAGCACAUACUGAAAUUGGCACUUUGUCACAUGUUUUUUAAGGACACAGCUCAGAUAUAGCCACCCCUCCCACCUCAGCACAAGCGAGCUCAGUGUUUGAAAAUAGAAGAGCACCGGCUUUAACGGGUUGAAAUUGCAAACGAGCGAGUGUUUGACAAUUGCGCUGGCUUAAUGCCAGCUGAAAAUAGAGCCCACUGUGUAGCACGGGGGGGGGGGUGUAAUUAUAACUAUGCAAAGCCAAAUAAGAGAUUUCAUACCUUGAUUACAUUGAGACUCGAUCACAUAUGUCUCUUUUUAUUUGUGGGAAUACUUGAACAGAUUUCCUAAAUUUAAAAUCAAAUUUAUUUUCCUAAAAACGUUGGGGGGGCAAAAAUAAUCACUUGCAGGCCUGUUGUACACCCCUGGUGUAGACCAUACAGUGAGCAGAGUCCCAAUCAUUCAGAUAAUCACCAAUACUACCUCUCAUUUAAUGAGGAAUCGUAAGAUGUUCAUUUUGCUGCACUGUGCUGAAUCAACAUCCCUAAUAAAUAUUGAAUUAUAAAAAUCCAAUAGAACCCUCUAUCCACAGCCAACAGUAAUAACAGGGGUCUUAUCCAGGUUGUAUAGAACACAAAGUAUAGACCUUACUCACACAUUCACUAUUCAUUGGACAGGAAGUGGGCUUCAUAGACACACCAGUGUAGAGAGACUGGCUAUUGUAAACCAGCAUGGUGGGUUUAGUGCUAUAUUGUAAUUGACCACAUGUGGGCCUCAAUAGGUUGUUAUCCUCAUUGUUAAAUGGGUAUACAGCACCAUAGAUCCUUAUCUGAACGUCAUUCACUGUAAAUGAGACCGAAUGAAUAUAAACUCAGCGCCAUGUAUAAUCCUAACCCGUAUGAAAUGAGAGCUAGUAUUGGUAAGUAUGUGAAUGACUGUCUCUCUACUAACUGUAUUUUACCCCUCCUAACAGAGACAUAGAUAUCAGUGAAGCUCUUCAGAUUCCAGGUGUGGUGGAUGUCAUCACUUCUAAAGACAUCCCAGGGAAGAAGUUCAGGACGUUUACAGGCAUAGACGAGGACAUUCUGGCUCAGAAUGAGGUACUGUAGUGCUUCAUCAAAGAGACACAACCAGAAUCACACGUGUCAUAUCAUAUGUGUUGUUGUUUUCAUACAGUAUAUGAGUAGCCAUGCUGUUUAUUCACCUCACCAUGCACACUAUACUGUGUAUAUACAAAACUGUGUAUAUACUAACCCCUUCAAAUUAGUGGAUUCGGCUAUUUCAGCCACACCCGUUGCUGACAGGUUUGUAAAAUCGAGCACACAACCAUGCAAUCUCCAUAGACAAACAUUGGCAGUAGAAUGGCCUUACUGAAGAGCUCAGUGACUUUCAAUGUGGCACCGUCAUAGGAUGCCACCUUUCCAACAAGUCAGUUCUUCACAUUUCUGCCCUUCUAGAGCUUCCCCAGUCAACUGUAAGUGCUGUUAUUGUGAAGUGGAAAUGUCUAGGAGCAACAAUGGCUCAGCCGCGAAGUGUUAGGCCACACAAGCUCACAGGGGACUGCCGAGUGCUAAAGCGCGUAUUGCGUAAAAAUCGUCUGUCCUCGGUUGCAACACUCACUACCGAGUUCCAAACUGCCUCUGGAAGCAACGUCGGCGGGAGCUUAAUGAAAUGGGUUUCCAUGGCCGAGCAGCCACACACAAGCCUAAGAUCACCAUGCGCAAUGCCAAGCGUCGGCUGGAGAGAUGUAAAGCUCGCUGCCAUUGGACUCUGGAGCAGUAGAAGCACGUUCUCUGGAGUGAUGAAUCACACUUCACAAUCUGGCAGUCCGACGGACGAAUCUGGGUUUGGUGGAUACCAGGAGAACGCUACUUGACCGAAUGCAUAGUGCCAACUGUAAUGUUUGGUGGAGGAGGAAUAAUGGUUUGGGGCCAUUUUUCAUGGUUCGGGCUAGGCCUCUUGGUUCCAGUGAAGGGAAAUCUUAACGCUACAGCAUACAAUUACAUUCUAGACGAUUCUAUGCUUCCAACAUUGUGGCAACAGUUUGGGGAAGUUCCUGUUUCAUCAUGGCAAUGCCCCCGUGCACAAAGUGAGGUCCACACGGAAAUGGUUUGUCUAGAUCGGUGUGGAAGAACUUUACUGGCCUGCACAGAGCCCUGACCUCAACCCCAUCGAACACCUUUUGGAUGAAUUGGAACGCCGACUGCGAUCCAGGCCUAAUCGCCCAACAUCAGUGCCCGACCUCACUAAUGCUCUUGUGGCUGAAUGGAAGUAAGUCCCCGCAGCAAUGUUCCAACAUCUAGUGGAAAGCCUUCCCAGAAGAGUGGAGGCUGUUAUAGCAGCAAAGGGGGGACCAACUCCAUAUUAAUGCCCAUGAUUUUGGAAUGAGAUGGUCGUCCAGCAGGUGUCCACAUACGUUUGGUCAUGUAGUGUAUGAUGUACUGUAUGAAGGCCAUUCUCACACAGAUGCAUGAUUGUUAGUUAAUACUAUGUUCACAAACGUUAUUGCCAGGUUUAUGUACGUCUCUGUUCCUCAGGUGUCAUGCGUGGGUCACAUGGUGUGUGCAGUGGUGGCUGACACCAGGAAGCAGGCUAAGAGAGGGGCGGCUGUAGUGAAGAUCGGCUAUGAGGAUCUGCCAGACCCAGUGUUCACUGUUGAGGAGGCUAUUGAGAAACAGUCCUUCUUUCUGCCCCAGAGGAUGAUCGAGCGAGGCAAUGUGGAUGAGGCUUUUGAUAAGGUUGACCACAUUUAUGAAGGUACAGUAUGUCUUAGUUUCGUAUGCAUACUAGGUGUGUCAACCUGGUUCCUAUCUUGAGUGUUGUUUGUACCAGUUUAGUCUAUGUACUGAACCGUAUUGUGGUCUCGUUGUGGUCAUGUUGUGGUCUUUAAUCUCAGGGGAGAUCCGGCUCGGUGGUCAGGAGCAUUUCUACAUGGAAACACAGAGCAUGGUUGUUGUGCCUUCUGGAGAGGAGAGGGAGCUCAAGGUUUAUCUCUCCUGUCAACACCCAACCUAUGCCCAGGUACAGUCAACUCUACCCCCUCAAUCUCCAUCCCUGAGGAUAAGAAAAUAUAAAGUGUAAGGCGAAGUGUAAGGCAUUACUCCUAAUAGGAAACAUUUCAUUUGACAGUCUGUCUUUUCUGUAGGAAUCCAUCGCAGAGACUCUUGGGAUUCCCUCCAACAGAGUGUCCUGUCAUGUGAAGAGAGUUGGCGGAGCAUUUGGAGGGAAAGUGACCAAAACGUCUAUCAUAGCCUGCAUCACUUCUGUGGCUGCAUGGAAGUAAGUGAAAUACUUCAAAAAGAACAGACUUGAUCCAAUAAUACAUUACAUAUUUAACCCAAAUGCAAUGGUACUCUAUGAAUCCGAAACAUCAUUUAUGUGUUUGUUUGAAUCCCGGCCUGUUCUGAUGUCUCUACCCAGGACUGGUCGGGCCGUGCGCUGUGUUCUGGAGAGAGGAGAGGACAUGCUGAUCACUGGGGCCCGCCACCCUGUCCUGGGCAAACACAAGGUGCUACCCCUCUCAAGGCUUUGUGAUGUGACUGACUGUCGGUGCCUUUGAGGUCUCUCUUAAGUGCUACUGUAGAUUUGACUGAUAAUGUGUUAAUGUCUCCAGGUUGGCUUUAUGAACGAUGGGAGGAUAAUGGCUGCUGAUCUACAUUAUUACGCCAACUCCGGAAACACUGCAGAUGAAUCUUUGUUGGUGAGUCACUCUUCCUCUGCCUUUCACCAUUCAAUUCUUAACCCCAAGUCAUCCUUGAAACCUAAUACCAGACUCAGUCUCUAUGCUUGUCAUAGACAGUGUCUGAGCUCUUUGCCCCCUCCCUUUGUCCAGGUAAUAGAGAAGAUUCUCCUUCACCUGGACAAUGCGUACAACGUUGCCAACCUGCGAGGUCGCUCGGUGGCGUGUAAAACCAACCUGCCAUCCAACACGGCAUUCCGAGGCUUCGGCGUGCCCCAGAGCAUGCUGGUCACAGAGAACAUGAUCAACGACGUGGCCAUGAAGUUGGGCCGCAAUGCUGAAGAGGUCAGGGGUCAAGUGUUAGGGGUCAGGGAGGGUAAGGGGAACAGGGAGGAAUGCCGUAUAAAUAUAAUCUAGCUAAUUAUAUUUCUAUGAUAAUAGAAUGGGUGGUACCAGAGCCUUAUAUUGAGGAAAAUAUAAUUUAGAUAAACAGAGAAAUAUCUCAAAAGUGGGUAGUCUCAUGACAGACUGUCUGUUCAAAAACUGAUGACGUCGGAGAUCAUUAAGAUGGAUGACUAGCUGAAUAUGCUAUAAAUACCAAUAUGCAAUAAAGUCAAUAUGCUAUAAAUACUUUAUAGAUGUCAUAUAUAAAGUACUGUAUACACUUUAUAACACAGUUCUCAUUUAAUAUUUUCUCUUUCUUGAGCAGAUUCGUGAGAUAAACAUGUACAAGGAGGUGUCCCUGACACAUUACAAGUUUGAGUUUGAUCCUAAGAACCUCCUGCGUUGCUGGGACGAAUGCAAGGAGAAGUCUGACUACGGCAGCAGACGCAAAUCCAUCGGCCAGUUUAACCAGCAGAACCGCUGGAAGAAGAGAGGCAUGGCCACGAUACCCAUUAAGUAUGGCAUCGCAUUCUCAGACGGCUUCCUUAACCAGGUUAGCUUUGCCUUGCACUGUCAAAUCAGUCAAUAAAAUUAUACAUAAUGAAUCAAUAAAAUAAAGGUUUGAUAUUGUCUGUGUGUGUGAGACAGGCUGCAUCUCUGGUACACAUCUACAAGGAUGGUUCUGUUCUAGUCAGUCAUGGUGGGACAGAACUGGGCCAGGGAAUACACACUAAAAUGCAACAGGUAGGUACAGUACUUUCUCCCUUAGCUUGACUAGUUUGAGUGAAAUAAUGAUUGUAGUACACAUUCUCUACUAACUAUGUAACUAUUCUGUAAAUGUGUACUGCUUGUACUUGGCUGUAUGUACUUUUUACAUUCAAUCAAUUCAUCAAUCAAUAUCUCCAGGUGGCGAGUAGAGAGCUGCACAUCCCCGCCUCUCUCAUCCACAUCACAGAAACCAACACCAGUGCUGUGCCCAACACCUGCCCCUCAGCCGCCUCCUUUGGCACGGACGCCAACGGCAUGGCCGUGAAGGUACAGUAUUGCCUGGGAUCUCCCCAGCUAGCCUGAUCCCAGAUCAGUUGGUGCUGCAAUCCCAGAUUAGUUGGUGCUGCAACACCUGAUGUGGAUAUUUUCCUGUUGGCCUGUUAGUAUGGAUAUUCAACCAAUUGAUCAGUCAUGUUCAACCGGUCUGUUGUGCGUUUCUUUUUCUUGUCCCUUAGGAUGCCUGUGAGACCCUGUACCAAAGACUGGAACCUGUCAGGAAACAGAACCCAGGAGGCACAUGGCAGACCUGGGUAUUUCAUAUUGAUGUCCACUUCCCAUGACAAAAUGAUUUUAAGUAGGACAGAGGGAUUUAAGUGAGUUCAUGAAUAUCGGCAUGGUCCUAAAUCCCCUAUUUCUGGUGUUUGUGUUGUGGAAAAUAGGUGAACUCAGCGUUCUUCCAAAAGAUCAGUCUGUCAUCUACUGGAUACUACAGGUAAUGAGAUUCAGCCUAGAUUUCAAUGCAGACCAAACACAUAUGAGUUUAUAGAAGCUUUACACCUUACAUAUUGUAUUUUAUUUCACUAUUGCAGAUACAAAACAAUUGACUUUUAGGACUGUAGGCCUAUGUGUAAAAUAUUGCUACAGUUACCCAAUGUGGAAAGAUACAAUUAUACAUUAAAUAUUUUUGUAUAUAUUUACAGUAGAUAGCUGUGUGUAUGUAUGUACACUGCCGUUCAAAAGUUUGGGGUCACUUAGAAAUGUCCUUGUUUUCGAAAGAAAGGCAAUUUUUUUGGUCGAUUAGAAAUAACAUCAAAUUGAUCAGAAAUACAGUGUAGACAUUGUUAAUGUUGUAAAUGGCUAUUGUAGCUGGAAACGGCUGAUUUUUUAAAAUGGAAUAUCUACAUAGGCGUACAGAGGCCCAUUAUCAGCAACCAUCAGUCCUGUGUUCCACGUUGUGUUUUAUCAUUUUACAAGGCUAAUUGAUCAUUAGAAAACCCUUUUGCAAUUAUGUUAGCACCGCUGAAAACUGUUGUGAUGUAUUUGUCCUCUUGCUCAGUUGUUCACCAGGGCCUCCCACUCCUCUUUCUAUUCUGGUUGGAGCCAGUUGGCGCUGUUUUGUGAAGGGAGUAGUACACAGCGUUGUACGAGAUCUUCAGUUUCUUUGCAAUUUCUCGCAUAGAAUACCCUUCAUUUCUCAGAACAAGAAUAGACUGACGAGUUUCAGAAGAAAGUUAUUCGUUUCUGGCCAUUUUGAGCAUGUAAUCGAAUUCACAAUUGAUGAUGCUCCAAAUACUCAACUAGUCUCGAGGUUUUAUUGCUUCUUUAAUCAGCACAACAGUUUUCAGCUGUGUUAACAUAAUUGCAAAAGGGUUUUCUAAUGAUCAAUUAGCCUUUUUAAAAUGAUCAACUUGGAUUAGCAAACACAACGUGCCAUUGGAACACAGGACUGAUGGUUGCUGAUAAUGGGCCUCUGUACGCGUAUGUACAGUUGAAGGCGGAAGUUUACAUACACCUUAGCCAAAUACGUUUAAACUAAGUUUUUCACAAUUCCUGACGUUUAAUCCUAGUAAAAAUUCCCUGUCUUAGGUCAGUUAGGAUCACCACUUUAUUUUAAGAAUGUGAAAUGUCAGAAUAAUAGUAGAGAGUGAUUUAUUUCAGCUUUUAUUUCUUUCAUCACAUUCCCAGUGGGUCAGAAGUUUACAUACACUCAAUUAUUAUUUGGUAGCAUUGCCUUUAAAUUGUUUAACUUGGGUCAAACGUUUCAGGUAGCCUUCCACAAGCUUCCCACAAUAAGUUGGGCCUCCUUGCUCGCACACACUUUUUAAGUUCUGGCCACAAAUGUUCAAUAGGAUUGAGGUCAGGGCUUUGUGAUGGCCACUUCAAUUCCUUGACUUUGUUGUCCUUAAACCAUUUUGCCACAACUUUGGAAGUAUGCUUGGGGUCAUUGUCCAUUUGGAAGACCCAUUUGCGACCAAGCUUUAACUUCCUGACUGAUGUCUUGAGAUGUUGCUUCAAUAUAUCCAAAUAAUUUUCCUUCCAUCUAUUUUGUGAAGUGCACCAGUCUCUCCUGCAGCAAAGCACCCCCACAGCAUGAUGCUGCCACCACCGUGCUUCACGGUUGGGAUGGUGUUCUUCGGCUUGCAAGCGACCCCCUUUUUCCCUCCAAACAUAACGAUGGUCAUUAUGGCCAAACAGUUCUAUUUUUGUUUCAUCAGACCAGAGGACAUUUCUCCAAAAAGUACGAUCGUUGUCCCCAUGUGCAGUUGCAAACCGUAGUCUGGCUUUUUUAUGGCGGUUUUGGAGCAGUGGCUUCUUCCUUGCUGAGCGGCCUUUCAGGUUAUGUCAAUAUAGGGCUCGUUUUACUGUGGAUAUAGAUACUUUUGUACCUGUUUCCUCCAGCAUCUUCACAUGGUCCUUUGUUGUUCUGGGAUUGAUUUGCACUUUUCGCACCAAAGUACGUUAAUCUCUAGGAGACAGAAUGCAUCUCCUUCCUGAGCGGUAUGACGGCUGCGUGGUCCCAUUGUGUUUAUACUUGCGUACUAUUGCUUGUACAGAUGAACGUGGUACCUUCAGGCGUUUGGAAAUUGCUCCCAAGGAUGAACCAGACUGGAGGUCUACAAUUUUCUUUUUGGCCUAUUUCCUUUUGAUUGUCCCAUGAUGUCAAGCAAAGAGGCACUGAGUUUGAAGGUUGGUCUUGAAAUACAUCCACAGGUACACCUCCAAUUGACUCAAAUUAUGUCAAUUAACCUAUCAGAAGCUUCUAAAGCCAUGACAUCAUUUUCUGGAAUUUUCCAAGCUGUUUAAAGGCACAGUCAACUUAGUGUAUGUAAACUUCUGACCCACUGGAAUUGUGAUACAGUGAAUUAUAAGUGAAAGAAUCUGUCUGUAAACAAUUGUUGGAAAAAUUACUUGUGUCAUGCACAAAGUACAGUGGCUUGCAAAAGUAUUCACCCCCCUUGGCAUUUUUCCUAUUUUGUUGCCUUACAACCUGUAAUUAAAAUAGAUUUUUUGGGGGUUUGUAUCAUUUGAUUUACACAACAUGCCUACCACUUUGAAGAUGCAAAAUAUUUUUUCUUGUGAAACAAACAAGAAAUAAGACAAAAAAAAACAGAACUUGAGCAUGCAUAACUAUUCACCCCCCCCCCCCCCCCCAAAGUCAAUACUUUGUAGAGACACCUUUUGCAGCAAUUACAGCUGCAAGUCUCUUGGGGUAUGUCUCUAUAAGCUUGGCACAUCUAGCCACUGGGAUUUUUGCCCAUUCUUUAAGGCAAAACUGCUCCAGCUCCUUCAAGUUGGAUGGUUUCCGCUGGUGUACAGCAAUCUUUAAGUCAUACCACAGAUUCUCAAUUGGAUUGAUGUCUGUGCUUUGACUAGGCCAUUCCAAGACAUUUAAAUGUUUCCCCUUAAACCACUCAAGUGUUGCUUUAGCAGUAUGCAACGGUCAUUGUCCUGCUGGAAGGUGAACCUCUGUCCCAGUCUCAAAUCUCUGGAAGACUGAAACAGGUUUCCCUCAAGAAUUUCCCUGUAUUUAGCGCCAUCCAUCAUUCCUUAAAUUCUGACCAGUUUCCCAGUCCCUGCCGAUGAAAAACAUCCCCGCAGCAUGAUGCUGCCACCACCAUGCUUCACUGUGGGGAUAGUGUUCUCAGGGUGAUGAGAGGUGUUGGGUUUGCGCCAGACAUAGCGUUUUCCUUGAUGGCCAUAAAGCUCAAAUUUAGUCUCAUCUGACCAGAGUACCUUCUUCCAUAUGUUUGGGGAGUCUCCCACAUGCCUUUUGGCGAACACCAAACGUGUUUGCUUAUUGUUUUUCUUUAUGCAAUGGCUUUUUUCUGGCCACUCUUCCGUAAAGCCCAGCUCUGUGGAGUGUACUGCUUAAAGUGGUCCUAUGGACAGAUACUCCAAUCUCCGCUGUGGAGCUUUGCAGCUCCUUCAGGGUUACCCUUGUUCUCUUUGUUGACUCUCUGAUUAAUGCCCUCCUUGCCUGGUCUGUGAGUUUUGGUGGGCAGCCCUCUCUUGGCAGGUUUGUUGUGGUGCCAUAUUCUUUCCAUUUGUUAAUAAUGGAUUUAAUGGUGCUCCGUGGGAUGUUCAAAGUUUCGGAUAUUAUUUUAUAACCCAACCCUGAUCUGUACUUCUCCACAACUUUGUCACUGACCUGUUUGGAGAGCUCCUUGGUCUUCAUGGUACCGCUUGCUUGGUGGUGCCCCUUGCUUAGUGUUGUUUACUCUGGGGCCUUUCAGAACAGGUGUAUAUACAGCUCUGGAAAAAAUUAAGAGACCACUGCAAAUGUUUCUUAAAUCAGCAUCUCUACAUGUAUGACAGCCAUUCCAUUCCAGUGUCUGUUGAAUUCCAACACAGGCACACCUCAUUCUACUGAAUUAGGUGAUCACCUGAACCAAAUCUUAUUUAACGGAGAAAAGUAUAAAAACCACUGCUGUGGUUAUCACUAUCCUCUUGCAAUAGGACCAGCUGGAUGGCAAAAACAGUGCUAAUAGUACCUCAAAAGUAAUAUUAAUCAAAAAAUGGGCGAAAACGACUCUCUACUGACCGGGAUGACCGCCAACUCAUUCGAAUGUCACUCAACAACCGUAGGAUGACAUCAAGUGACCUACAAAAAGAAUGGCAAACGGCAGCUGGGGUGACAUGUACGGCGAGGACGGUUCCUAACAGGCUCCUAGGGGCAGGGCUGAAGUCAUGCAAAGCUAGAAAAAAAACCUUCAUCAAUGAGAAGCAAAGAAGAGCCAGGCUGAGGUUUGCAAAAGACCAUAAGGAUUGGACCGUAGAGGACUGGAGUAAGGUCAUCUUCUCUGAUGAGUCCAAUUUUCAGCUUUGCACAACACCUGGUCGUCUAAUGGUUAGACAGAGACCUAGAGAGGCAUACAAGCCACAGCCACAGUGAUGAUCUGGGGGUGCUUCAGCAAGGCUGGAAUCGGGCAGAUUUGUCUUUGUGAAGGACGCAUGAAUCAAGCCACAUACAAGGUUGUCCUGGAAGAAAACUUGCUUCCUUUUGCUCUGACAUUGUUCCCCAACUCUGAGGAUUGGUUUUUCCAGCAGGAUAAUGCACCAUACCACACAGCCAGGUCAAUCAAGGUGUGGAUGGAGGACCACCAGAUCAAGACCCUGUCAUGGCCACCCCAAUCUCCAGACCUGAACCCCAUUGAAAACUUCUGGAAUGUGAUCAAGAGGAAGAUGGAUGGUCACAAGCCAUCAAACAAAGUCGAGCUGCUUGAAUGUGUGUGCCAGGAGUGGCAUAAAGUCACCCAACAUCAAUGUGAAAGACUGGUGGAGAGCAUGCCAAGACGCAUGAUAGCUGUGAUUGAAAAUCAGGGUUAUUCCACCAAAUAUUGAUUUCUGAACUCUUCCUAAGUUAAAACAUUAGUAUGUGUUGUUUAAUAAUGAACAUUAACUUAUUUUCUUUGCAUUAUUCGAGGUCUAACAACACUGCAUCUUUUUUGCUCUAAAUGACAAUAUUUUUAUUUGGAAUUUGGGAGAAAUGUUGUCAGUAGUUUAUAGAAUAAAACAAAAAUGUUAAUUUCACCCGAACAACAUACCUAUAAAUAGUAAUUAGUAAUUCCAGAGCUGUAUACUGAGAUCAUGUGACACUUAGAUUGCACACAGGUGGACUUUAUUUAACUAAUUAUGUGACUUCUGAAGGUAAUUGGUUGCAUCAGAUCUUAUUUAGGGACUUCAUAGCAAAGGGGGUGAAUACAUAUGCACGCACCACUUUUCCGUUAUUUAUUUCUUAGAAAUAUAAGUUAUUUUUUCCAAUUCACUUCACCAAUUUUGACUAUUUUGUGUAUGUCCAUUACAUGAAAUCCAAAUAAAAAUCAAUUUAAAUUACAGGUUGUAAUGCAACAAAAUAGGAAAAACACCAAGGAGGAUGAAUACUUUUGCAAGGCAAUGCAGUCCUAACCGACUUGCCAAAACUAUAGUUUGUUAACAAGAAAUUUGUGGAGUGGUUGAAAAACAAGUUUUUUUGACUCCAACUUAAAUGUAUGUAAACUUCCGACUUCAACUGUAGAUAUUCUAUAAAAAAUCAGCCUUUUCCAGCUACAAUAGCCAUUUACAACAUUAACAAUGUCUACGCUGUAUUUCUGAUCAUUUUGAUGUUAUUAUAAUGGACAAAAAAAUUGCUUUUCGUUCGAAAACAAGGACAUUUCUAAGUGACCCCAAACUUUUGAACGGUUGUGUGUGUGUGUGUGUAUAUAUAUAUAUAUAUAUAUAUAUAUAUAUAUAUAUAUAUAUAUAUAUAUAUAUAUAUAUAUAUAUAUAUAUAUAUAUAUAUAUAUAUAUAUAUAUAUAUAUAUAUAUAUAGAGAUAGAGAUAUAUCUCAACAUAAAUGGCUGAUGUUUGUGUAGGGGUCAUGACCUCCACAUGGACUGGGAGAAGCAGGAGGGCCAGCCGUAUGCCUACUACACCUACGGUGCCUGCUGCAGUGAGGUGGAGGUCGAAAGUCUCACUGGAGACUACAGGGUAACCUCACUUACACAACCAGUAUCUAUUACACACUUUACCUUUAAUCUUAGGUUCUAGUCAGAUGGUAAAAUUAGAACAUAUUCAUCAUGUCACACUGUCCCGUGUAGCUCAGUUGGUAGAGCAUGGCACUUGCAACGGCAGGGUUGUGGGUUUGAUUCCCACUGGGGAUCAGUAUGAAGAAGAAAAAAGUAUCAAAAUGUAUGCACUCACUACUGUAAGUCGCUCUGCGUCUGCUAAAUGACUAAAAUGUAAAUUGUACUAUUACAUAUGCACAAUUUUAUGUUUUCUGCCCAUGUCUAGACGGUGAGGACAGACAUUGUUAUGGAUAUUGGAAGGAGCAUCAACCCCUCUGUAGACAUUGGCCAAAUUGAGGGCGCCUUCAUCCAGGGUUUGGGUCUGUACACCAUGGAGGAGCUGAAGUUCUCUCCAUCGGGAGUGUUGUACACACGUGGUCCUUCCCAGUACAAGAUCCCUGCUGUCUGUGACAUACCACUGCAGUUCAACGUCUACCUGCUUUCAGGCUCUGACAACCCACAUGCCAUCUACUCAUCUAAGGUGAGAGAAGUGUGUGUGUGAUCAGGAAAAACUAUAGUUAAACUAGUUAGUCUAUAACCAAGACCUUUGGCGUCUACAUUCAUCAGUGAAGAGUGUUCUGUCGAGGACAAUUGACGAUAAAGUAAAUCUUCUUCUCUACAGGGUAUCGGAGAGCCAGUGCUGUUCCUGGGUAGCUCUGUGUUCUUCGCCAUUAAAGACGCAGUGGCAGCAGCCCGGGUAGAGGCUGGUGUGGUGGGGCCCUUUACCCUGGACAGCCCUGCUACCCCAGAAAGGACCUGUCUGGCCUGUAACACCCCCUUUACUCAGAAGGUAAGGUGAUACCACCAGCCAGUCUCAAUUCGCUCCCUACCCCAACCCAUAAUGCUUGACUCUAACCCAUCAAUGUUUGCCAAUUUGAAUAUGGAGUUUUCAUACUGCUUCCAUCUUACAGAUCUGCAAACAUAAAUGAGUUAGGGCCAAGGAGAAGGGGUAGGGAGUGAAAUGGAACCGGCAAGUCACCAGCUCAAUAUACUGUACCUUAUUCACGUGGCAACCAUGACUGUUUGAAAUCCAAGGAGUAUCAGGAGUAAUGUCAACAAUUGUUAUUUUCCAGAUUCCAACCAGCAAACCAGGAUCAUUCCAACCAUGGGCUUUGAAUAUUCCCUGAAUUAAAAUAACAUUCUGGUUUGUCAAUCAAUGAGGUACAGUAUUGAUCACUGCCAUAAGGAAUAUUACCUAAUCACAGAUCGUUACUAACAUAAAUUCUAUAUUUAGCUGAAUAAUUAUCAAUAACACCUACACUGUAUGAUUGUACUACUUUAAAUAGAAUAAGCCUUUGCGUUUGCUGUCAACCUAUACUUUGCUUAAAAAAAUGAGUUUGUCUCAAAUUAAAUUGAAUGUAAAAGGUAGGGUUGUCCAAUUGUAUGUCCAUCCUAUGAAUCUGUCCAAUGUCAUGUAUGCCUUUCUUAUUACACUUUCAAUAAUUGCAUGUUUCUCAACUUAAAUAUGGAAA